AUGUGGAACCUCAAUGAUGACUUACGAGCAGGAAGAAAUAACCGAAGAAUUGAAGUCAGAAGAGGAGAGUACCACGAUUAUAAGAUGAAGAUUGACCUUCCCAUGUAUGAUGGCAAACGAAAUAUAGAAGCAUUCUUGGACUGGAUAAAGAGCACUGAGAAUUUCUUCAACUACAUGGAUACACCUGAACGCAAGAAAGUCCACCUAGUAGCCUUAAAAUUAAGGGCCGGUGCAUCAGCUUGGUGGGAUCAGUUAGAAAUUAACAGACAAAGAUGUGGGAAACAACCGAUUCGCUCGUGGGAAAAGAUGAAAAAGUUGCUGAAAGCAAGAUUCCUACCCCCAAACUAUGAACAAACAUUGUACAAUCAGUACCAAAACUGCCGCCAAGGUGUUCGAUCAGUAGCUGAUUACAUUGAAGAAUUCCACCGCUUGAGUGCAAGAACAAACCUAAGCGAAAAUGAACAACAUCAGGUUGCAAGAUUUGUGGGAGAAACAGUGGAGGAGAUGAUUGCGAUUCGAUCCAAGAACCUAAAUAGAAGAUCAGCAUGGGAAACAACUUCAACAAAAAGCAAAACAAACGACCAACCUUCAACCUCAACAAAAGGAAAAGGGAAGGAAGUUGAUAACCAAGAAGUAGCCGUUGAAAGAAAGAAAGAACAAACGUUCAAACCUAGUGGUCAGAACAGCUACUCCCGCCCUUCAUUAGGAAAAUGCUUCCGAUGUGGCCAAACUGGCCACCUCUCCAACAACUGCCCGCAAAGAAAAACCAUUGCAAUAGCCGAAGAAGGAGGACAGACGAGUGAAGACAGUAUAGAAGCAGAAGAAGAAACUGAACUGAUUGAAGCAGAUGAUGGGGAAAGGGUCUCUUGUUUUAUCCAACGGGUAUUAAUUAUGCCCAAGGAAGAAAAGAACCUGCAACGCCACUGUCUUUUCAAGACAAGAUGCACCAUAAACGGAAGAGUAUGUGAUGUAAUCAUAGACAGUGGCAGCAGUGAAAACUUCGUAGCAAAGAAAUUAGUAAUAGUCUUGAAUCUAAAGGCCGAAGCACAUCCAACCCCUUACAAGAUAGGUUGGGUAAGAAAAGGAGGAGAAGCCACGGUCAGCGAAAUCUGUACAGUCCCUCUCUCCAUUGGAAACGCCUACAAAGACCAAAUUGUUUGUGAUGUCAUUGAGAUGGAUGUAUGCCAUCUCCUACUAGGAAGACCUUGGCAGUAUGAUACUCAAUCAUUACACAAAGGGAGAGAAAAUACAUAUGAAUUUCAAUGGAUGGGAAGAAAGGUAGUUUUACUCCCAAUAACAAAAAAGAUCAACGAAGGAUUAAGAGGUGAGAAACAGCUAUUCAUCACUGUUAGUGGGAAAAAGAUGCUUAAAGAAAGGGAACAAUACAUCCUAGGACUGGUUGUUAUUGAAAAAACCAAGGAAAAACAGGUCGAAGACAUAGAACCCAAAUUACAGCAGCUCCUUCAUGAGUUCCCACAUAUAAAGGAAGAACCGAAGGGACUCCCACCCCUUCGAGAUAUACAGCACCACAUAGACUUGAUCCCGGGAGCAUCACUACCAAAUUUGGCUCACUAUAGGAUGAGCCCCCAGGAGUACAAAAUACUUCAUGAUCAUAUUGAGGAAUUACUAAAGAAAGGGCACAUCAAACCGAGCCUCAGCCCUUGUGCAGUACCAGCACUUCUCACGCCAAAGAAAGAUGGAAGCUGGAGAAUGUGCGUUGACAGCAGAGCCAUCAACCGCAUCACGGUAAAGUAUAGAUUUCCCAUUCCAAGGAUUAGUGACCUGCUAGAUCAACUCGGUAAAGCCAGUAUCUUUUCGAAAAUUGACUUGAAAAGUGGCUAUCAUCAAAUACGGGUAAGACCUGGCGACGAAUGGAAGACAGCCUUCAAGACAAACGAAGGAUUAUUUGAAUGGAUGGUCAUGCCAUUCGGCCUUUCUAAUGCACCCAGCACCUUCAUGAGAUUGAUGAACCAGACGCUGAUGACUACCACAUUGUUGAAGGAUAUCUGUUUAAAGGAGAACAGUUAUGCAUCCCGCACACCUCACUACGAGAAGCCUUAA